GCUUCCGGGAGUCAGCCGCCGCACCCCCGCCAUUCGUGUAACAAAGGGCAAGCUCCUUGCAACAUCUGCCCGCGGACCUGGUAACCAGUGUGGAAGUAUCGAUCUACUGCUUUUCUGGAAACGAGCCAGGCGAGACCAGCAGUAACGAGAACUCCAUUUCACAAGGAUCUGUCUGCCCAAGCUUUCCGGGAGCGCCCGAGUUCUCCGCCGGCACUAUCGCUGAUCUCGCGAGUCGACGGGUCCUCAGAAAACACAAACUUCCCCCUUUGCUAGCGCCGAGGUUUUGCCGUCAAGUUAAAUUCCGGAGUGCGGAAGUGGCUUUGUGGUCCCGCCUCUAAUCGCUCAGAGAUCAACCCCAUUUCUACACGGAAAGCAAGGCCUCCGAACGCUAUGGAGGGGCAGCAAGGACAAGAAAGCCACGCAACCCUAGCCAUUGCCCAGGCUCACUUCGAGAAGGGAGAAUACGCGGAGGCCGAGGAGCUGUACUCCGCUUACAUUCACCAGUGCGCCUGUGCAGCCUCCGUGGGAGAGGCGCCCGGGAGCAAAUGCCGCCCUGAGGAUUUGGCUACUGCAUAUAACAACAGGGGGCAAAUCAAGUACUUGAGGGUUGAUUUUUAUGAAGCCAUGGAUGACUACACAUCUGCCAUAGAUGUCCAACCCAGUUUUGAAGUUCCCUAUUACAACAGAGGGUUGAUCUUGUAUAGGCUGGGAUACUUUGAUGAUGCUUUGGAAGAUUUCAAGAAAGUAUUAGACUUAAAUCCUGGAUUUCAAGAUGCUGUUUUGAGCUUAAAACAGACUAUUCUAGACAAAGAAGAAAAGCAAAGAAGAAAUUAUUGAAAAAUAUUGAAAAAAUUUUAACUUAAUUGGAAUAAUUCCUGAUCCCUACACCUGGCAUCUCAUUGUCUGUAAUUUCACAUUGGUGUUAAGCUAUUUUGAUUUAUAUUUAAGAUAAAGACAUUCCUGCAUCAGCACUGAAAGUUAAAUAAUGUACGUAAGGUAGUUACUUUCAAGUUGAGUAACUGUUGAGCAGGUAUGCUUUUUAUAAAGUGUAAACGAGUAAUAACAAUGUAUAAUUGUAUAUUAUUACGGUAAAAUAUUUAAAGAAAUGUGUGGUGUUCUCUUCAGUAAAACUAUUUUUUUGCUAUUUUUUAUUCCCAACUUUUUAUUUAAAUAUUUUUACCUCUACAGAAAAUUGGAAGUAUAAUACAGUAAACACUUAAAAACACACUUAGAUUCAUCAGUUGUUAACAUUGUAUCAUAUUUGCUUUUUCUCUAAAUUUGAAUAUAUAACUUUUUGCUGAACUGUUUGGAAGUAAGUUGCAGAUAUCACAAUACUUUACACCUAAAUAUUUCAGCCUGCAUUUUCUAAGGAUAGAGACAGCCUUCUUUAUAGCCACACCAUUAUAAUAUCUAGUAAAAUUAAUAAUUCUGUAAUAUCACCCAUACCCCUCCCAUAUUCAAAUUCCCCAAUUGUUUCCAAAAUGUGUAGACUUUUAUUUCUGGAUAUGGAGACAGUCAAGUUACAUGGCAUUUUGUUUUUAUUUGUUUGGAGUGGGAGAGGUAAUUAGGUUUACCUAGUUAUUUAUUUUUAGAGGUAGUACUGGGGAUUGAACCCAGAACCCUGUGCAUGCUCAGUAUGCACUCUACCACUUGAGCUAUACCAUCCCUAGGCAUUUUAUUAAGUCUCUUGGAGUUCUUUUAAUCUGCAGUAGUCCCCUGCCCAUUUUCUCCCCAUGGCAUCCACUUUGAGAGCAAACCUAUUUUGUAUAGCUAAGCUAGAGAGAUGUAACAUUUGGUCUUAAAAAUAAAUAUAUGUCUUACUUGAGAGCAGUUAGAAAUAAUUCAACUUCCAGUUGCUUUUCUCUAGUAACCACUGAUAGGGUAGGUUAAGGUUUAAAUGUGGAACAUAGUUUUCUGUCUCUGGAUACUGACAAUAACGACUGCUAUCCUCAGCAUUAACUGAUUACUCACUGUAAGCCAAGCACCGUUCAAACGCUCUAUAACAUUUUGCAAGUGGGAUGGGGCUGCUUAGUGAGGUUAGGAACUGACAAAAAGCACUUAGUAAAUAUAAGGCUUAAAAAAAUCUGUUUUAUUUGGGUGCUGCCAACGAAUGAUAAGGCUGUGAUGAAGCUUUCAAGAACUGGGAAGAAUUUGAAGGGAAAACAAGCCAGAGCCGGCUGUGUCUCAUCUAGAAUUUUUUUGUAUGUAUGUGUUUUUAUUGUUGAUGUUUGGCUUGAUAAGAUACAGAUCCUGCAUCUUGGGAUCUCCCAAACUGGUGUAUAAUUGCGGUGGAAAAACUGUUCUGGGGUGGAAAUUGCCCUCAUCAGGAGAAAAGAGCGUGUUUGCCCAGUGUCUCCAGAGGAGAGCUCAGAGUAACCACUGUGGUCCCAGAUGCAUUCACCAUGUUUUUGUUUUUGUCUCGAGUUUAAGUGACCUCAUAAAGCAGAGGAAGUAAUUGCCUCGUUUGUAGUUCAUAACUAAUAUCUGGCAAAAUGCAUGGAGAAUUUGGGCUGCAGGUGAAUGAAUAUUAAAAGGAAGUCAAGUUUGAAAGGAAACUAAAAGUCUCUGUAUUUCUGGAAUGAUUCACAUUUUCCAGAUGACUUAUCUUUCUAUGUGUUGGAAAUGUCUUUAAAAGAAUUUAUAAAGCUGCAUUAAAAUGUAGAAAAAUCCUUCUUAAGAAAACUUAAAAAAAAAAAAUUAAAGCAAAGUCUGUAGACUUUGGGAGAGCUUAAGCCAAUCUACCCAGAAAAUCAAAUCCUUAAAAAAUGCUUCAAUAACUUUAUUUCCUCUUGGCUCAUAUUCUCUUUUCUUUACACUUGAUUGGGAUAAGAUGUAAUAUGAAAAAAAAAAACCUUGUUAAAAAUGUUGAUUUAUGGGAUUUUAUUAUUCAAUAUUUCUUCAUUAGAAAAACAAAGACACUGAAGGGCAAGAACCAGCACUUACUGAUUUGGAGCCCAGGUGCUUCUCAAGUUACUGGAAAUAAAUAAAGUAUAAUA